ACUAGAGAGUCUAGCUCCCGAUGUACAUAUGUAACUACAUCACGGUGUGCUAUGUACAACAUAUAACACGUAUUUUAAAAUAUAAUUCUAUGCACGUAACUACCUCCAGAAUGAUGCAUUAUAAAUGUAGGGAGGUCUUUUAUGCUUCCAGCAAUAUAAAACGAUUCGUAGUACCUGAAGACAAAGUGCCAUGGAAUGUCGAGUUUUUAAAAUAUAAACCAGUUAAAUACACCGCUUCAGUUCUGACUGGUAAACCUUGGGCGGAUCCGGAAAUUGGAGAAGCUUCAUUUAAACCGAAAUGGAAUUCUCUUGACGAUCGUAUAAACCGUAAGAGUUUCAAUGGAGAUUAUUGUAUAGAUGAGAAUGGUUAUCCUUUGAAUCCUAUCGGCCGUACUGGUAUUAUUGGUCGCGGUCUUUUAGGGCGAUGGGGUCCAAAUCAUGCCGCAGAUCCAAUCGUAACACGAUGGAAACAAAGUACUUCCAAAGAAAUAGAAAUAAACAAAUAUUCGAACAAACCAAUUUUACAAUUUGUUGCAAUACAAAGACGCGAUUCUGGAGAAUGGGCUAUACCUGGUGGUAUGGUUGAUCCAGGAGAAACAGUAUCGAUUACUCUUAAAAGAGAAUUUAUGGAAGAAGCUUUGAACUCUUUAGAAAAAGAUGAUAUAACAAGGAAAGAAUUAGAAGAAUCCCUGAAAGAUUUUUUUGAAAAGGGAGAAGAAAUUUACAAAGGAUAUGUAGAUGAUCCUAGGAAUACUGAUAAUGCUUGGAUGGAAACUAUAGCUUCAAAUUUCCAUGACACUGAUUGUAGUAUUAUUGGUCAAAUAUCAUUAAUAGCUGGAGAUGAUGCACGCAAUGUUAAAUGGAUGGAUGUUGAUGAAAAACUAAAUUUGUACGCUAAUCAUAGUGAAUUUAUCAAGAAAACAGUAGAAAAGCAC